AGCCACGGAACGUCAUGGAGAAACUCUCGUCGGAGGUUUUAUAGUGUGACUUUUGUCGUGGAAAAAUGUGAUUUCCAUCCCAAAAUCAGUGGUGAAAAUGAGUGCAAAAAUCAAUGCUGAGAUCGAGGAAUGCGUCCGUAACAACAUCUCCUGGGCUAAUUUGCCCGUUCAUCUGAAACAGAUACUGCGGAACACACCAAAGGACUAUGAUCGCUACGUGUUCAACUACAGCCUGAAGAAUCAGUUGCGAUACAGAGGCAAUCUGGUGCGGCGGGUGUUCCGGAAUGAGCAGCGAUACUAUGAGUUGCUGGUGGAGAAGAGCGUGAGCUAUCUCUGCCUCUUUCCCUACCAUCUGGCCGACAUCGUGACCAAGGGCUUGAGGGUGACACCCUUCAACUACUACCUGGACGUGCUGAGUUUCCUGCUGAGGAACGACAAGAGUUACGACACGCUGCCCAAUUUCACCGCCGUCGACUGCCUCCGGGUGCUGGGAAUCGGCCGGAAUGAGUAUUUAGCGCUAAUCAGCGAGAUGAAGACCAACUCAUCGAAGCUCUUCCGGAAGCCAAAUCCGCUGCAUUUCCUUCCUAAGUUCCCCAUCCGCAUCAACAUUGAGCCAGCGUGGAAGAUUGAGGUCGGAUAUGUGCUCGAGACGGACAUUCGGUUUGUCAAUGAUGCCGAGAGGAGUAUAAUUGACGACUUGAUUGACUUCGGGUCACGCACGGUGGGCCAAGUGGACUUCAUGGUGGUGCACAGUCUGUACAGGAAGGGGCUGGUGUAUCUGGAUGUGCCAAUAAGUGGCGAGGAUAAGAUCUGCAUUCCGCCGCUGAAAAACUUUGUGAUGAACCGCGUGUGCGGCGAUUACUUUGAGAAUCUGCUGUACAAAGUCUUCGUGAGUACAGAUGAGCACAUGACCAUCUCGGAGCUCGCCCAGAUGCUGCAAGUGAACCUGGACACGGUGAAGCAUGCCGUAUCGCUGCUGUGUCGUCUGGGUUUCGCGAGGAAGAAGGCGGAAAUUGUGGUGCCGAAUCUGCAUUUGAGUUGGGAGAAUGUCGAGAGGAUUGAAGAUGAUCGGCCACAGGUGACUCCACUGAACUAUCACUCCCUGCUGAUGAACGAGACGGACGAUGGUCUGGUGGAUGCCAAGGGGAAGGCUGCGACUGGAGCUGAUAGUCCAGUGGUGGAUAUGGAGGAGAUUGUCAAUCUAUCAGCCACAGAGUGCACUUCAUCAGACGGCACGAGUGAUUUCUCUAUCAUCAACAACUCCUCGUCGUCAUCAACUGAGUGCAAAACGCCAGCAACGAAGAAGAAACCAGUGAAAUUAAAGGAAAAUCCACCUGUUGAAGAUUCUCAGGACAGCAGAAGUCUCAUCAAGCCUCUGGAUCCCAACGCCCAAGGCGGGAAGAGGAUAGGCUUCCUCUUCGAUUCCACUCUCGCGGCAUUCCUCAUGAUGGGAAAUCUCUCGCCAGGGCUGAAGAAUCACGCCGUGACGAUGUUCGAAGUGGGGAAACUCUGUGACGAGAGCAUGGACACAUUCCUGGCGGAGUUGGAGAAAGUUUCCCUCCUGGAUGCCGAAGGAGAGGGUGAGGUUGGUCGCUACUUUGCCCACGCCGUCAUCCUCAGAUCCACCAUAAUUGCUCUGCGAAACAAUUUAUCCUGUGGAUUGGAUCUGCUGAGGCUUGAGUGCCUGGAGAGUCUGGAUUACAAGACGCGUGAUCGCUUGCUGGAGAAGAAAUACAAGUUCAUCUGCUCUGCUGCUCCACUCACGAGUAGCUUCACGCAUCUUCUGUCCAUUCCCUUCUUCGGGCAGUUCUACAAGAGCUGCGACACUUCCCACCUGUGGCUCCGGAUGUUCUACUAUCACAUAUCCGGCUUCGGUCCACCGAGUCUCUUGCUCACGCGGGGAACUGUGCUUAAGAGCCUGCCGCGCAUCUUCUUGGGCUACGGAAAGCUCCUCAUCACGAUUGUCCACACGGACUCAUAUGUGCUGAACACGGACAACUUCCUGGCCCUCAAUGAUCAGCUGAAGAAUGGCAGUGUCCUCGUGCAGGGCUACGGAAUUAUGCAGCCGGCAGAGAUUCGCUAUGAAUCCUUUCCAUUCCAUCAGAGUGACAUGAAUCGCCAGAAGUGGGCGAAGCAUAGAGCGGUGGAGAAGUUGUCUGAUCACCUCAAUCUGUCCAGCACCUGUGGAUACAUCACAUUCCUCAACACUGGCGUCCCGGAUCUCGGUUGUGAGACGAAUUACGAUGUGAAUGUCCAUCUGAAGAGGCCAGAGAGGAGAAAAGGACACCGCAACUCUGGUCCCUCAAUCACUCCAUCCAUGGAAGAGUCCACGGUCUCCAUCAAGGAUGCCUCUCCUGUCACCCCAACCGUUCCCAAUGAACUCCUGACGCCACUCGAUGGCUCAGAGAUCACCAUUCACAAGUCAAGGAGCAAUGAAUUGGCCAAACUGAAGUCUCCGGAUGAGGAGCACUUUGCUGUGACGCCCAAGAGCACGUCUCCGUCGAAUGUGUUCAGGAGUGAGGAUUGCAAUGAACUUCUGGAGACGGAACUGGCCGAGUUGGCGCAGAAUGAGAAGCGCUACGGUGGGAAAGAGUUGGUGUCUCAGAGUUCCAUUGAAAUCUCUAUUGUGGAGGUAACGAAUGAAGAUGCCGAUGAUGGUGUGAAGGGAGAGUAUUCUGGUGAGGAUUGGACGCUGUUGGAUGUGACUUUUGGGGUGCCUCUCUUUGAUGUUGACUGCAACACGAGGAUUUGCGAAAGUCUGGUGAAACAUCUUGUGUCUGAGGAGAAUCUGCAAGUUCUUCAAGAGUCCAAUAGCGAGAUGAAUAGGAAGUUUCUGCAAUUUGUAUCUCAGUGUUUGUAUUUCGAGGAUGAAAACAUUGGAAUAGUGAAGAUAGGACGCUUAAUUCCCCAGCCAAGGAUAAAUCUCGCCUUUGAGAAUGGAAAAGUGGGCUACUGGAAUGGCAAGUGAGGCCAAAAGACGAAGUGAAAAGAAGAAGAAUGUGAGAAGAGAGAAAAUUUAAUAUAUUUGAUGAA